AUGCUGGAGAGUAUCAAGGAGGUGCUGGAUGAUGCAGAGGAUAGGCAACUCACAGGCCAUCUCGGGGUUAAGUCGUGGCUAGAAGAUCUCAGGAACUUGGCCUACGAUAUCGAAGACUUGCUUGAUGAGUUCACCAUAGAAUCCGCUAAAAGCAAGUCCAAGGCAGAACUUGGUGCUAGCAAGGCGCGUUCCUUUCUUCCCAGUUGUUGCUUCGGAUUGAGCCCGAGAGCAUGGAUGUUUGACCACGAAAUGAGAUCUAAGAUAGAGAAGAUGGAUAAUACGUUACAGGAGAUCAUAGCUCGUAAAGAUGGUAUGAGCCUGAGAGAGAACAAGAGAAAGCGAUCAGCAUAUCGCCAGCUGGAUAAGCCGAUUUCCACUACGAAUUUGCCAGAGCCUUAUUUCGUUAGUAGGGAGGAUGACAAAAGGGAGAUCCUCAAAUUACUGACCGGAGAAGAAGACAAUAGAACAUGUGUGGAUCUAAAAGUGAUUGCCGUCGUAGGUAUGGGUGGUGUUGGAAAGACGGCUCUCGCUCAGCAAGUUUACAAUGAUGCUAGAGUCACCGACUAUUUCGAUGUGAAAGCAUGGGCUUGCAUUUCCGAUGAUUUUAAUAUGCUCGCUAUUACAAAGAGUAUCCUCCAGAAAACCAACUCCACUUUGUCCUAUGAAAAAAAGGACUUCGACUGGCUACAGGAUAAACUCAAGGAGAACCUUUCGGGGAAGAAGUUUCUUGUCAUUUUAGAUGAUAUUUGGAACAAAAAUCCUGGAAAGUGGGCUAAAUUCUUGAAGCCUUUUAGUUCGGGAGCAAAGGGAAGCAAGAUCAUUGUCACCACUCGUGAUUCUCACAUUGCUAAAAUAACCCAUGCUAAAGAGUAUCCUCUCAAAGAGUUGUCACAAGAUGCUUGUAUGACUUUGUUGGCAUUUUAUGCUCUUGGAGUCAAAAAUUUCGAUCAUCAUCCCAAUCUUAAAGUAUUAGGUUGA